GUCGACAGAUCAGAGUCGGGUUCUUAGAUUGAGAUUGUCCAAAGUCAUUUUGACGCGACGAAGCCCUUUUCUUGCUUUAUCUCCCUUCGACCAUCUAUCUUUUCGAUUCCUUGUCAAAGACGUCAGAGUCCCUGACUGGCUUAUUGUUUGCAAACAACUCCCAGUGGACACACAAGAUGGUCCACGUAGAGAGAUAUCAUGGAGGAGAUCAACACGCCAUGAGCGGAUACUGGGGUCCCCCAACCGCGAUAGCCAAUUUUUGCGAAGAGGACUACGCCCUGGUGUUCUGGGCGGCCGAGUUUGUCAACUCGUUCACCAAUCUCGCGUAUGUGUACUACGCAUUUAAAACGCUAGACCGCGGCGAAAGCCUGAUCUCGACGACGGCAUUCCCCAAUCUGGCACUCUUCUUCGUGGGAGUGACCAGCUUCGCUUUUCAUCUGACCAUGAAGUACGAUGCGCAGAUCAUGGACGACCUGUCCAUGUUCUGGGUGUGCGCGGCCAUCAUCUACGAGCUGUACACGAUCGGACGGUCUACCAGCGUCAAGGUCGCCUUCGGCAGCGCUCUAACGGCCAUCCUCGGAUACAUCAGCGCCCGCCAUUACACCCUCAACCAGCUGUGGCUGCAUAAUUGGACCUUCAUCAUCCUCGUCACCGCCAUCUGGCCCCGAGUCUUGUUCCUCAUCCGAAACCGCCUCGACGGGCCCGAGAGGAUGGUUGCUCGCAGACAAUUUCGUGUCGGUGGCUUGUGCUUCCUCGCCGGUUUCCUGCUGUGGCUCGUCGAUGGGGCCUAUUGUGGUCCGCUCAGGUCUGCCAGGGAGACUUUGGGUCUGCCUUGGGCCUUCCUACUUGAGUUCCACGGCUGGUGGCAUAUCCUCACCUCAAUCGGCGCUGGCAAUUGUAUUCGUGUCACAAAAGUCUUGACUGGCAAGACUCCAGCUGUGUCGCGAUGAUUGUCAUGAUUCGUGGCGACUGCGAGGUGGCUUGUCUCGUGGUGGGAUGCCACAAUGCGGCUUUGCUGCCCUAGAUAGCUAGAUCACAUGCGUGAUCAACUCGGAUUUCUCGUGUACUUCUUGGAGUCCUCAUCAGCAGGUCAAGAUAUCCUUGGAAACACAGCCUAGGAUGGGCUAGGUUGCAGUGAUCUCAACUGUGCCAAGUGCUUGACGUUCCAGUCUGAGUGCGGCAGAGCCAUGUUCCGGCUCGUCUAUCUAUCGAAAGAUGGCAUAGCACGGUCACUUUUUGUUACCCACAAUGGGUCUGGUUGGAAGCUGCCGGCCACACAAUGUCAACACAUGGUCCAAAACACCGCUACAUAAAUAUAGAUAUAAGUAUGAUAUAUGCAGGAACAUGAGGUAUGAGGUCCACAAGACACCCACUAUAUGGC